AGAAAAGUCGGUUCUCUGGAAAGUCAAACACUCGAAAAUCAUUCCAGCUCAAAUUUCUAACCUGUGUCCAGGUCAUCUUCUCCUCGCUCGAUGGCGAGAUUAAAGGCGUGGAUGGCAUUCAAGACCUGACAUUGUCGCCGAUUGCGGAAUGGUGGGAUAAGAAGACGCAAGAUGUCCUCGCACAAGGGAACGAUUUGGUUGCACCUGACGAAUUCGAACUGGAAGACGGAAGCGAGGGAAGCAUUCCAUCCACUCGAGGUCACCCUCCUCGAAAUAUGGGGAACGAUACGAAUAUCCCAUAUACCCCAACCAGUCCCCCUCGAGACCCGAUUCCUUGGAUGCCGCAGUCGCCGGCCAUAGCGCCGGCUCCCGGUAUCCAUCAAAACUACCACCCAAUACUUGAAGCGAGCGAUAACAGCAGCGCAGCCGCUACCCGUGUCAUGGUUGCACCCUCGACUCCACCACCGGAUCCUCUCCCUGCGCAUGCACCGAAGAGACAGCGCGAGUAUUCGCAUCCGCCCCCAACGAAAUCUGACAACAAGGAGGGCAAUCGCACAAGCAAAAAGUUAGCAGACUACUUUGGUCGGCGUAAGCAAAAACCGCGAGUUGUUGUGCGGCGGAAAGCUUGGGAUGAACAAUCAGCUCCUGCACAUUUGACGAAUUACGAGUUGGGCCCUCCAGAUCCUCCUACUGGACCGACAGAAAGGUCGACUAGUGAUAGAGGCUUACAACAGCAAAACCUUCAAAGUACGGAUAAAAAGCCAUUAACGUACAAGAAAUCUAGUAAACAAAAGCCGCAAAUUGUUGUGUGGCGGAAAGGUUGGAAUGAACAACCAGCUCCUGCACAUUUGACGACGCAGAAACGCGAUCCCGAAGCCGCUCAAGAUUACGAGUUGGGCCCUCCAGAUCCUCCUACUGGACCGACAGAAAGGUCGACUAGCGAUAGAGGCUCACAACAGCAAAAACUUCAAAGCAAGGGUGACACGCCAUCAAGCUCUAAAAAAUCCCGUAAACAAAAGCCGCGAGUUGUUGUGUUCCGGUCAGCUCGGGAUUAACCACCACCUCCUGCACAUGAACUUUCGCCUCCAGUGGUUCAAUUGACGACGCCGAAACGGGACUCUGAAGCCUCUCGAAAAUACCAGUCGGACUCCUCUCUCGAAUCGAGUCCUCCUCCCGCUACAAGGACACGGAACUAAGAUGGGAAUGUUCCUCUGAAUAUUGCUAGGAGAAAUAUCUUGUU